UCAGCCUGAAAACAGCCUGUGUGAUGGUUCUACAGAAUAUGGUCUGGCUUUCCUAGGAGCACUAGCAAGAAAAACAGCAAGACUCACUAUGGUCCCCAUGCUGAGAAUGCUGCUCUGUCUUGGACUGAGUGUGGGACAGAAGACUGCUGUCCUGCCAGGAACCCUCACAAAGCCCAAAAUCUGGGCUGAGCCACACUCUGUGAUUGCCAUGUAUGCACCUGUUACUAUUUGGUGUCAGGGUUCUUGGGAGGCCAAGAGGUACCAUUUGUUUAAAGAGGGAAGCACGGAUCCUUGGGACCAACAAUCUCCUCUGGAAGACUCGGACAAGGUUAAGUUCUACAUCCAACACAUGACAGAGGACUUUGCAGGGAUAUAUAAGUGUUACUAUCAGAGUCCUGCUGGCUGGUCAGAACACAGUGACACCCUGGAAAUGGUGCUAACAGGAGUCCAUGAUAAUCCAAGCCUGUCUGUCUGGCCCAGUCCUGCUGUGACCUCAGGAGAGACCAUAACCAUCCAGUGUAGCUCAUCGCUGGGAUUCGGCAGAUUUAUUCUGAUCCAGGAAGAAAAGCACCACCUCCAAUGGACCCUGGACUCACAGCCAAAUGCCAAUUGGGAGUUUCAGGCUCAUUUUGUUCUGGACCCCGUGACUGCCAUUCACAAUGGUACAUUCAGAUGCUAUGGCUAUUAUAGGAACCAUCCCCAGGUGUGGUCAAAAUCAAGCGACCCCCUUCACCUCUUGGUCUCAGAAUCCAAGGACCAGUCUCCCACCCACACUGAGAAUGGAUUGGGAAGGUACCAGAAGGUUCUGAUUGGAGUCUUGGUCAGCCUCCUCCUGUUUUUCUUCCUCCUUAUUCUUCUCAUCCUCUUCCGAUAUCAAUGUAAAGGCAAAGAGAAGAAGGCAGUUCAUGCAGACCAAAGGGAGACCAACUUGCAACUUCUUGAAGGGGAUACAGACCCAACAGCCAGAGAUAGAGUCCCUCAGAAGAGAUCCGGCCCAGAUGCUGCCCUCAAGGAAGAAAACCAGGAUGCUUCUGCGAUGGACCCACAACCUGAGGAGAGUGUAGAGCUGGACAGUUGGGUAAGGCUGCUGCCAUUCACAGUGAUAAGAGCUAAUGGCCCAAUUUGGUCUAUUACUCCCUCUUUGUGGCAUUAUCAGUCACAGCUGAUCCCUCCAUUCUGGAAGAAUUUGUCUCUAUGAACUAUGAUCUCUUCUUCUUGGUUUCACUACGACUACAUGACCCUUUUCUCCUGUCUCAUUUCUGGAUGUGUGUCAUCUGUCUGUUGCUUAGCAUGUGUCUAAAGACUUGAAAGGACAUAUGAGUCACUGCGCCCUCAUUUCUCAAGAUCCUCCUAUACUCAUUCACCCUGUCAUCCACAGAGAGCCUCUUUAUUUUAAGCUUGAGAACAAUUUUAUUAGUGUUUAAAAAAAACAAAGGUAACCUGUAAAUCUCAGCAGCUUCCUGGAGGAAUAAAAAGAAAAUAGAGAAGAAAAAUGGAGUAAAAGCCAUGUCUGAGGAGAGCCAAGAUAAAGAUCAGCUAAGUGAUGGCUGGCAGCCACAAGGCAGGGAGGGAAGCUUUAGAGAAAGAGCAAGUAAUUCCAAAGUGUUAGGAAAUGUGUGCUUAGAACAGAUAUACAAAGAAAUAAUGGA